CCUGCGCGAAGCUGUCGCUGGGCAUAGCGGUAGCGAGCCCUCGAGCCAACAAUAGCAUUUUACUGUCACAUUUGACCCGUUUGCUGCUACUGAACUACUCCUCACUGCUCGAACAGCCGGGCAACAAUCCCUAGCGACUAGUCGACAGCCCACUUCUUCUGCCACAGCGGGCGGCUCCCUGUUGAGGCUAGCCUCAAUACCAUAGUCAUGGAGCAGUGAGCCUCGCUUGGAUAGUCAGCACAAAUGGCUGAGGGCGACUAUGAGUUCCGACCGAAGCCCACUGUGCUUGGCCGGGCGGAGCUCGAUGAGCUCACACUGCGCGUCGCCCCGUCGGCUGAGGCCGUCGCCAAGGGUUUCACACUCAACGAGGCGGAUGUGGACCGUGUCAUCCAAGCGGCCCGCGAGCUGGAGGGGGGCCAGGUGCUGGUGGACCCCAAUGCACCGCCGCAGCAGUCAGUGGACACGCUGCUGCGGGUGGUGCGGAUCCUGCAAGCGGCGCUGGACGUGCAGUUCUCAGAGAAUGAGGAGUUGACGGCGGACUUCAAUGAGCUGCAGAACAAUGAGAUUCGCAAGCUCCGCGAGGAAAACAACCGCUUGCGGGAAAUGCGCGAGCGUGAUGAGCUGGCGGGCGGCGGCGAUUUGGGCGAGCUCAAGCGGCGCAACGAGGACCUGCUGGACCAGCUGGACGAACUGGAGGAGGAGAACGCCCGGCUGCGGGAGGUGGAGAAGGAGUUUCAGGGCCGCAACCAGGAGCUGGAGGACAGCAUCAAGGAGCGCGAGAAGGACCUGCUGCGGCUGCAGACGCGGCUGGGCGACGUGCAGGAGCGCCACGACCGCCAGCGCGACGACUACAAGGAGCUGCAGCAGCGCUACCGCUCGCUGAGCCAGGAGUUCGACCGCGUGCGGGCGGAGGCGCAGCUGCAGGACACUAAGCAGCAGAGCGAGUGGAAGAUCGAGCGCCUGACAAAGGACAACCGGGCGCUGGAGGUGGCGAACACGGAGCUGCGCAAGGAGCUGCAAGACGUCAAGGGGGAGAACCUGGAGGUGUCUGAGAAGAUCGUGGAGCUGAACACGCAGUACCAGGAGCUGCUGAGCAAGAAUGUGGUGCUGGAGACGCGUGUGGAGGAGGUGGCCAACGACAAGGACAACCUGCUGUCCAUCCAGGAUGAGCUGCGCGCCGAGCUGCAGGACAAAAUGAAUCUUCUGGAUGAGUUCGAGGACCGCUUCAAGCGCCAGUACAGCUCUUGGGAGGACGAGAAAGCUGGUCUCAUGGCGCAAAUCGAGGCGCUGCGGCGCGAGCUCAAAACACGCAAGGGCGAUGGCGGUGACGGCGGUGGAUAUGGAGGCGGCCCCGGCGGCGCCAGCGCGGCUGACGUUGCGGAGCUGCGCCGUGACCUGAACGACGCCCGUGAGAAAGAGAUCCUGCUGCUGGAGGCGUACGAGCAGCUGGAGAACGACGUGAGCAAGGAGGUGGACAGGGCGCUGGCGAGGCAGGCGGAGGAGGUGGCGCGGCUGCAGCGGCGAGUGGACUUCCUGCAGGGCAAGCUGGAGCAGCAGGAUGAGGACGCGGAGGACACGCGCGACGCAAUGGCGGAGCUGGAGGGCGAGCUGCGGGACGCGGUGGAGCGCAACAAGCUGUACGAGCAGGGCGUGUACGGACUGCCGCAGUCUGUGGAGGAGAUCCGGCAGCUCAAGAGCGCGCUGGCCAAGGAGGAGCGGCGCACGCGCGACCUGAUCGUGCAGCUGAACAAGCAGGCGGCCAAGGUUGAGGACCUGUACGACGAGAACGCCAUGCUGCGGCAGCGCGCGGGGCUGGGCGAGGGCGACAAGGUGGACAUCAAGGACAUCAAGAUGCAGAAGGAGGCCACCAUCGCGCAGCUGAGGGCGCUCAACGCGCUGCUCGAGCGACAGGUCGCUGACCUGGAGGAGGAGCGGCGCAAGCUGCGCAUGGAGAUGAAGUUCCGCGCCAAGUACCACGGCCAGCACGCGCUGGAGAUGGGGCUGACCAACGAGAAGCUGCUGCUGCUGGAGCAGUACGCCGAUGACCUGAAGAACAACCGAGUGGAGGAGGCGCGCGUGGUGGAGCAGAUGCAGCAGCGGGUUGAGUUCCUGGAGGUGCGGCUGGCGGAGGUGAUGGCCUACGCCGACAUCCCGCCCAGCAUGCGGCCGGCGCUCAGCGAGUUCGACCCCACCGGCCUGGGCACCUUCCAGACCGCCAUGCAGUCGGCUAUGGCCGACGGCUACCUGGGCCCUGGCGAGGGCGCGGCGCUGAUGGGCGGCGGCGGUGGCGCGGGCUAUGGGCCCAUGCCGGCCAUCAAGGCCAAGGAGAUCGAGGCGGUGCGCAAGGUGCUGGCCGCCUGCAUGAAGCGCCUGCGCCAGAUGAGCCAGUCGCUGUUUGAGCACCGCAACGUCAAGGAUGAGGACUAUGGCCGCUACGCCGAGAACGUGGCCGCCGAGCUGUCCGACGCCGACAAGGUGCUGGUGGCGCUGCUGAAGGACCCCGCGUCGCUGGUGGGGCCGCCCGUGCAGCAGCAGCCGCCCAGCCCCGGCGGCCCUGCCUCGCCACGCAGCCCCGGUGCCAACGGCCGGCCGAUGAGCCCCGGCGCGCGGCUGGGCGGCCCGGGUGCGGUGCAGCUGGUGCCGGGCGACGCCAGCUAUUUGGCGGACGCCAUCGCGGACGAGCUGCGGGAGAAGCUGAAGGAGCUGGCGCGGGAGGUUGUGGACCUGCAGGUGGACGUGUCGAAGAAGGACGUGCGCAUCACGCAGCUGAUGGACCAGAAGGCGGAGCUAGAGAAGAAGAUCGGCAUGACUAUGGGCGACCGCAAGUCGGAGUACGUGACCAUGGCCGAGUAUGAGGACCUGCAGCUGGAGGUGACGGGGCUGAAGGACCAGCUCAUCGGCUGCCUGGAGGAGCUGGCCAGCCGCGAGAAGGAGGCGGCGGAGCUGCACGACACCAGCCUGCGCUACCACAGCAAGAUGCAGACCUUCAGCGAUCAGGUCAAGCUGCUGUACCGGGAAUAUGCAGGCGCGCAGACGGCAUGGAAGGUGGAGAAGUCCACACUGGAGAAGAAGGGCCGUAAGGCGCAGGCGGACGCGGACGCCUACAAGAUCGCCACGCGCGAGCUGCAGACGGCGCUGGACACGUUGUCCAAGAGCCGCGACAUGAGCGAGGUCGAGAAGGAGUACCUGGACACAGUGCGCCGCAUGGCCGUGGUACAGAUCAAGCAAGCCAAGCUAGCUCGUGAGCUGGAGGCCAGCGUGUCGGGCGAGAAGGCGCUGGUGGCGCGCGUGACGGAGCUUGAGGAGGAGGUGCGCGACGUCAGCAGCACCGCGCGCGGCCGCAUCCGUUGGCUGGAGCAGAGCGGCGAUCAGACCAAGCGGCGACUGGAGCAGCUGUUUAGGGAGCUGGAGGCGUCAGUGGGGCUCACGGUGUACCACUCGCUGGUGGCCAAGCACAGCCGGCUGCAGCACGAGUUCCGCAAGCUUCUGGAGGCGGCGGCGGACGCGGUGGUGGCGCCGCAGCAGGAGGAGCUGCUGCGCCUGCGCGACGAGGUGAACGAGUGGAUGGUGCGCUACGACCAGGCCGCCAACGCCGCGGCAGAGCUCAAGGCCAAGCUGCACCAGGCGGAGUUGCUCAUUCAGGCGAACCCGCCGCCCGCCUCCGACACGGCACCCGCCAAGGACGCCGACGGCAAGGCGCAGGCAGUCGCCGCCAAGCCGCCGUCGCGGCAGACCUCCGCGGGCCUGGGCGGCAUGGGCGGCUACGGCAGCCAGCUUCCCGGCAGCGGGCCGCAGCAGCCGGCGUCCAUUGACCCGGUGCUGGGCCAGGAGCUGGCGUCGGCGCGGGUGCAGGAGGAGGCGGCGUUGCGGCGGGCGGAGCUGGUGGAGCGUGAGCGCGACCGCGCACAGAAGAGCCUGGCGGACAUGCAUGAGCACGGCAAAGAGCUGGAGCAGCGGCUGGCGCAGAACGCGGCGGAGCUGGAGCUGGCGCGGCAGACGGCGACCGCGCUGGAGCGGCGGCUGGUGGGCGCCAAGACCAAGGGCGAGGUGGACGAGAUGACGCGGCGGCUGCACGAGGCGGAGAAGGCGGCGGCAGACGUGCAGCGCAACCAUGCCGACCUGGUGUUCAAAGCCGAGGAGGCGGAGCGGCGUGCCGAGGCCGCCGGCCGCGACCGGCUUCGCUUCCUGGCCGAGAUCACCAACCUCAAGGCGGCGCUGCGUGACAUGAGCGGCAAGAGCGACAAGGCCGCGCUCAUCGGCAAACUGCACCUGGAGCUGGACCACUCCAGGGCCAAGGAGUCGCUGGCUCGCAACGCACUCAACCGCUCUGAGCUCAUCCGCAUCGAGCUGGAGAAGGAGGUGCGGCGGCAGAAGCAGGAGGUGGCGAACCUGACCGGCCGCAUGACCGCACACCAGGACCAGGCGGCCUGGUCGGACCGGCAGCGGCACGAGGCGCAGGCGCAGCUGACCAUCUGCCUGUCGGGCCGCACGGAGGCAUGGAAGGCGCGGCUGUGGGCUCGCAAAAUUGACACGCUCAAGAUCCGCAACGACGCGCUGGCGGACGGGCUGGAGCUGGCCAGGCGGCGCAUCCUCAAGACCGAGGACGCCCGGCAGGAGGCGGAGCUGAAGCUGGAUCACGUGGAGCAGGUGGCCGGCUACGGCGGCCGCGGCCCCAACGAGCUGGCGCGCGAGGCGGCGCGGCUGAGCGACCAGCUGCUGCAGCUGCGGCUGGAGAAGGGCCGGAUGUCGCGGGAGGACAUGCUGCUCAAGGAGAAGAUCCACUACACGGAGCGCGUCAACGCCGAGCUGCACGACCUGCUGGACAAGUACGAGGCAGAGUACUUCCAGUCGCAGAGCCAGCUGGAGGCGGACCGCUCCGCCGCCGAGGCUCGCGCCGUGUCGCUGCAGAGCGAGGUGGUCAAGCUGCAGGAGCGCAUCAACGCGCUGCUGGCGGCGCGCGAGCUGGGCGACAACGUGCGGGCCUCCGCCGCCGAGGGCGAGGGCGGCGGCGUCAAGAACCUGGACUGGCGCGGCACCAUGGCCGACCGCGACCGCAUCAUCGCGCUGAUCGAGCAGCUCAAGGUGGCGCGCGAGGAGGCGGAGCACCUGCGCACCGACCGCGCCCGCCUGCAGGCCGACUUUGACGGCACCAUGACCGAGCUGGAGGACGUGCGGCGCCACCACCGCGACGCCCUGGACCGCCUGGCGCAGCAGAGCGAAGCGCUGCUGUACGCCCUCAACCAGUUCAAGACCAAGGGCGCGGACGCCACAGUAUUUGACCAGAUGAAGGCGGUGGCGGAGGCGACGAUCAACGAGCUCAAGGCGCGGCUGAAGGACCGCGACCGGCUGGUGAACGCGCUGCGCGCGCAGCUGGACGAGGAGGCGGCGCAGGCGCUGGCACGGCACCAGGAGGACCGCGCGGAGAUCGAGCGGCUCAACCAGAAGCUGUUUGAGCGCAACGACGCCUCCAUCCAGGACCUCAAGUCGGUGCUGGACCGGCUUCCGCUCAAGCAGGCGGGUCAGCAGGUGCCUGAGGAGCAGCUGCGGCUGCGUGACGCGCUGGAGCGGGCGCAGGACAUGAUCACGGUGCUCAAGAACCGGCUGGACCAGAAGGACGCGGCCAUUGACGUGCUCAAGCUCAAUUACGAGCAGCAGAUCAAGGCGCUGCAGGACGAGAUGCUGCGUGUGCGGGCGGAGGCGGAGGCGCGCGUGGUGGCUCGGGACGAGGGCCCCACCAAGGCUCAGCUGCAGAAGCUGGCGACGCAGGUCAAGAUGAAGGACGAGAUGCUACGGCAGCUGAAGUCCGCCAUCAAGGCGCUGGAAGCCAAGCUGACACAGGUCAUGAAGGAGCACGCCGACGAGAAGAUGCAAGCCGCCAGCUGGCAGGCCCAGGAGCGGAUGCAGGCGGAGGUCGAGCGGCUGACGGACGAGCGCGACAGCCUGGCUCGGCGGCUGGCGCUGGCGGAGGACAACGUGGCGGCAGCGGCGGGCGCAGACAGGGCGGUGGAGGACCAACUGGAGGGGCUGCGCAGGCGCAUCCAGGAGGAGGUGGAGAAGCGCAGCAAGGUGGAGAAGCAGCUCAAUGCCGCCCGAGACGAGCUGCAGAAGUUCAAAAACGCCAAGGAGGCGGUGGUGGACCUGACCACGGGCAUGUCCAUUGAGGCCAAGCGGCAGAUCGAGGACCUGCAGAAGAAGAUCAACGUGCUGGAGAAGAACAACGCCGCACUCAAGCGCAAGGCGCAGGCGGAGGACGCCGUCGGAGGCGCCAGCGGCGGCGGCGGCGGCGGGCCUGGCGGCGGCGGCGGGGGGCCUGGCGGCGAUGACCUGGACGGGCCUGGCGGCGGCCGCCGUCCCACGGCCAGGUCCACGGCCACGCGGCGCACGGCCCCAGCCACCGGCCGGCGCGACCUGGACACGGGCGGCCGCGACGACGGCGAGGGCGGCGCGCACGAGCACGACCCGGAGGCGGAGGAGCGCCGCGAGCGGGCCCUGAUCCAGUGGGAGGAGGGCAAGAAGCUCAACGGCAAGAUUGACGCCCUCAAGCGGCAGCUGGCUUCCAAGACCAACGAGGUGGUGGCGCUGCAGAAGGAGCUGGAGCGGCGGGCCACGCAGGUGGGGCAGGUGCAGGCGGAGGCGGAGCGCCAGGCGGCGGCCAUACGCGACCUCACGGACAAGCUGCGCAAGGCGCAGGAUGCGCCGCGCAACGACAAAGCAAAGCUGGACGCCGCACUGGAGCGCUGUGCCGCGGCGGAGGAGGCGCGCGAGGCACUCACAGCCGAGGUGGCCCGCCUGCGCACCGCCGCCGCCGGCUCCGCCGCCGCCUCCCAGCCGCCGCCCUCGCCCGGCGGCGCGCAGCUGCGGCGCGAGGAGGACGUGACCGAGCUGCGGCUGCAACGCGACCAGCUGCAGCUGCAGGUGCGGCGCCUCAAGGACCGGCUGGCAGAGGUUGGGGCGGCGCCGGAGGGCGCCGCCGGGCGGCGGGCCGGCUCCGCCGGCCCGCGCGCCGGCGCAGCCGGCGCCGGCAUGACUGCCGCGCGCGAGGCUGAGCUGCUGUCUGUGAUCACGAACCUGAAGACGGCGCUGGAGAAGGCGACGUCCAACACCACGCCCACCACCAAGUACAUGGCGGAGGUGGGCCGGCGCAAGGAGGCGCAGCGCGAGGCGGAGGCGCUGCGGGGCGAGCUGGAGCGCGCCAAGGCGGGCCUGGCCGCCAGCAGUCGCAUGGUGGCGGAGCUGCAGGCAGCCAACGCCGAGCUGCGCAAGCAGGUGCGGAACGCCCAGACGGCGGCCGCGUCGGCAUCGGCGGCUGCCCCCGGCCCGGGUAUUGCGGAGCUGGGUGUGCAGCUGGGCAACCUGGAGAUGCUGCUGGGCCAGCGGGAGGAGGAGCUGGCAGCGCUGAGGGGCGCGCUGGCGGCGCGGGACUCAGAACUGGAGGCGCUGCGCGGGCCAGGCGGUGCUGGCGGCGCGGUUGGUGGCGGCGCAGGCGGCGCGGAAGCAGCAUCCCUGCGGCGGCAGCUGCGCGAGCUGGAGGCGGAGAACGAGGACCUGCGCAACGAACUCAACGCCUUCGACCCGUCCUUCUGGGAUGAGGUCAUGGAAAUGAAGCGCCAGCACGCCGAGCUCAGCAAGCAGGUGGCCGAGUAUGAGGACACCAUCACGGAGCUGAGCGACAGGCUGGGCGUGGCGCCGAGGCUGGCGCCACGCGGCGGCGGCGCGGGAGGCGGCGGCGCGGGGAGCGGGCGGCGCGGAGGGCUGGCGGAUGGCGCGGGGCCGUCAGGGCAGCGCCGGGGCGGGCGGUGAGGGGAAACGGUCAGGACGCGGUCAGGUGGUAGGGAGGGCUAUGGAGGUAGAGGGUGGGAGCAUGCCGCAUGAUUCGGGGUGCGGUGCUGGGCGGGGUAAUGAGGAUGUAACAGUAACGUGCUGCCGCCGUGAUUCUAUGCCCAGCUCCUGACCAAGGGAUGCGCCAGCCGCCGAGCAAGCCCGGCCAGGAAGUGUUGUUCACAAGUAUGUUUGCAAAAGCGUGUAAACGCCGCAAGGUACCUGCGUAUCAGCGCUGUAAGGUUCCUGAGCAUGUGCUGCCACUGGCCUGCGCCAAUGGCGGGUACAGCCCAGUCGCAAGGGGAAUGUACGGUACACGCGGCAGCAGUGCGGUUUGCCGACGAUGCCGCACAAGUA